GCAGAUUUCCGGAAAAAGAUCAAAAUGGCUGACGAUAAUGCGAAUACUAUCGAGAAUAUGGUGAAAUCCUUUAGAGUUUCGGAACUCCAAGUUCUAUUGGGAUAUGCAGGUCGAAACAAAAGUGGAAGGAAAAAUGAACUGUUAGCAAGAGCUUUACAAUUAGUUCAGAAAAAUUGCUCAGCCUCCAUUGAAAUGAGAGUUCAUGAUUUAUACAAAAAAUUUGAAUCGAACAGACGACGAUUUCCGAGUAAUGCAGCAAAAAACGGUACUUCCGGCUUGGUUGACAUGAAAACAAAUUUGACCGGUAGGUUGCCCUUUCUCAAAUUAUUAGCCUUACAACGUACAUGGAAAAUAAUUUAGCUUUUUAUUAAUUUUUGUUAUAAUUUUCUAUUCAUUUCUUUGCCUUUCGUUUGAGUAUAAGCGUUUACAUUUAUUUCCUUCAUUAUCUUAUUUUAUCACUCAUUCGCCAAUUUUCCCUUUCACCUUGAAUUGUGAUUGACCUAUUUUCACACGGAUAUUCUACUGAAGUUAUGGAUUUUGAGCUUUCAAAUAAUUCACUUCUCAAAUAAUUCUUGAAAGAUAGGAUAUUCUACUUCUGUAGAUAAGAACUGAUUUCCUUUUUAACCAUUGCUUUUAAAUUUAUCACAAUAUUGAUAUGACUACAAUUUCUGGUAUACUAUUUUUUAUUGUCUGUUUUAAUAUUGGUUAACUUGUACAAUCUUCUACUUGAAUAAUGGAAAUAAUAAUCAAUUCAACUUUGUUAUUGUAGGUUAUUCAAGUUUUCCACAUAGUUUGCUGGGUAAGCUGAAGUCUGUUGUUUUACUAGAAAUAGUUUAAAUAAAUAUAAUUUUGCACACCGAAAUUCUUGAAUGUCUCUUGCUUCUUAGAAAUUAGUAUUUGCCUCUUGUUUUUAAACCAGUCUUACUUUUCCUUACUUCUCUUUAAAAGGAGUUUAUAUUAUGUAUGUUUAAUUUUUAACUUUUAAUUAACAUAUCUACUCGUUUUACUUUAUUAAUGGUUUGAUUUUCCUUUUAAAAUAUGAAUAACACUAAUAUUUGAAAGUUUCAGUUCUAUUUUUAAUGUGUUUUUCUUUCAGCUCCUCAUGUUAUGGAUUUCUUAGGGGAAACUCCAUCAUCAACAUCUACACAGAGCCAUCCAAUUCCAUGUGAUGUUACACUAAAGCCAUUACCUUUUUACGACCAUCUGGAAAAUAUAUUACCUCCGGUCAGUUUAACGCCACGAGGUACGUCUAGAAAUCAGGAGGCUGCCUUUACUUUCCAUCUCACACCACACCAAACUCAACUGAUAACACAAUGCCGGGACCCAAGCUUGAGUGGUGGCAUAGAAUAUCCGGUACAAGUACAACUCAGAUUUUGCCUACUUGAAAGAACCAGUGAACAAAAAGAUGACUUUCCAUCUAGUUGUUCAGUCCGUAUUAAUCAUCGAACAGUAACUUUACCAAAUCCCAUACCAACAAACAAGCCUGACGUAGAGCCAAAACGUCCUAGUAGGCCUGUAAAUAUAACACAUUAUUGUAAAUUAUCUUCCAGUUCUACACACUCAAUGGUUGUUGGUUGGACAACAACAUUUCAAAAAAAUUUUUGUGUAUCAAUUUAUCUCGUUAGACAACAAACAUCAGAUGUAUUGAUGCAAAAACUUAAGCAAAAAGGGCAUCGGCAUCCCGAUCAUACAAAAGCCUUAAUUAAAGAAAAGUUAACAACAGAUCGUGAUAGUGAAAUUGCAAUUUCCAGUUUAUGGGUUAGCCUACAAUGCCCACUCGGUAAAAUGAGAAUCAACAUCCCAUGUCGAUGCCUAACCUGCCAACAUUUACAAUGCUUCGAUGCCUCUUCGUUUAUAAGAAUGAAUGAAAGAAAGCCAACUUGGCAAUGUCCCGUAUGUUUUAAGCCAGCUGAUUACAGAGAUUUAAUUAUUGAUGGAUAUUUUGUUGAAAUAUUAAAUGAAUGUCCCCUUGAAAAUGAGGAGAUACAGUUUUUUGAAGAUGGCACUUGGCAGCCAAUGAAGCCAAAGAAGAGUCUUAAACGCUCUGACUCGUGUAGUAGUUUUGAAGAAAACAAUAAAGUAUCGCCUGCUAAAAUAUGCACUGUUAUUGAUGAUGGUGAUAGUUCUGAUGUAACGAGAGAAAGAGAGAAAGAAACAUGUAAUAAUUCAAAGAAAUUUAUUGAUUGCAUUGACUUAACAGAAACUGAUGAUGAAAUUCAAACAUUUGAGCCGGAAACAGUGACUUGCUUCAGUACGGACAGCCGAAGUGGAGGAUCUCCCGUCCGAUAUACUUCCUCGUCAGAAGAUGAUGAUGAAACAGAUUCAUUGGAGGGUAUAAUAUCUGCUGCUCAACAGUUAGAAAAGGACAGUUCGGAAUUAAAUUCUGAGAAUUCAGCUACAGCAAUUCCUAAUCCUUUGGAUAUGACCACAACUCCGAACCGCCCUUCUCGACCUUCUUGUUCACAGCGAGAUUCCCCGCUUGAAUUCCUCUACCCUCCCAUUACACCUCCGUCUUCCAGUUACCAACAGCAACAGCCUGUAUUUCCUGGAGUUUCUUCCUCCUCUUCAGCUGUAUAUAGAGGGAGAAAUACCUCUACCUCCUUAGCUCCUCCACCCGCCCAUUCUAACACAUCAUCAAAUAGAUACAACCCUUAUCCAUCAGUCCACUCCACAUCAUUUGACUCUGCUUAUUAUUUGCCUCAUUCCGUUACGGAUUACUCUAGAUUAUUUAAUUUGGAUUAUAAUACCAACAUGCAACCAGCAAUGAACAGCUUCAGUUUCAGUCAGGAUUUGGUGGGGCGAUUCUUUAGUUCCAAUUCGGAUAAUGAAUAUUAACUGAUUUUCUUUCUUAUUAACUGACUCUCGAUUUUACCACUAUGCUAUAUUAAUCUUGUUGUUAUGGUUAAUUCAGAGACCGUUGUAUUGUAUAUAAUAAUUUUUUUAAUACAAUCUUCGUGUUGCAGGAUCUGGUGUGUGGAGUGUUCAGAAUGAUGUUCUUGUAUUGGAAGAGACUUAAUAGCAUUUCUAUUAAAAUUUAAGUACAGAAUUUAGAAAUGUCAACCGGUAGAGAAUUACGCAUGCAGCAGUCAAAAGAUUUUUUAGUAAUAUGAUUUUAUAUGGAAAAAGUUAUUGUUUUUAAUAAGAUAUUUUAAUUUUUUAUAUUCUACACGAUAUAUUGAUAAACGUGUAUAAACUAAUCGAAAUUUCGUUGAGAGGCACUGCUAAAAGAGACUAUUAAAAUUUAAGACUAACCUCUUAAGCAUUAAAUUAAGCUACAUAGUGUAUUACUAAUUAAGUAAUACAAAAUAAUAAACAGUAUAAUGGGAGUAUUUAAAACAAUAACCAUAAUUUUUAUUAUGUUUAGCCAUUUUAACUUUUUUUUACAAAAUAAACUACUAAUACAGUAUAUUUAACAUUUAGAAAGUUUUAAAUAUUCACUUUUAGCCGCUCUUUUUCAUACGGAAUAGUCAGGUUCCACGUCCUGUACAAACUCUAUUUUUUGCUCAAAUUUUCGCCCCCUUUUUAGAAUCGAAAAUGUUGAAACUUGGUUAUGCGCACAAAAUCGAAAAUCUUCAUACGGUCGCCAUUUUCCAGAAGUAUAUUUUCAGUACUGUAAAUUGUGCUCGUAAUCUGAAUAAUUCUUUAAAUACAAAUUAAUGGCUCUUAAAAGAAUAAAUAAAGUUAGUAGAUGAUAUAUUGUAUCAAAUUAUUUUCUCAUCGUUUGUCAUAGAGUAUUUCGAUAAGAUGUUCAAUAAGAGUCAUGGCGUUCGUUGGUAACGACGUGAUUCAAUAUUAUUCGCGUUUUUUUAAAUAUUUAUAAUGAUAAACUGUUUUAAAAAGGAAUUACAAGAUUUAGGACGCGAUCCGCCAGCGCAAUGUUCAGCAGGUCCAGUCGGAGAUGACCUAUUUCACUGGCAGGCAACAAUU